AUUUAGGCGUGAGAAAUUUCUAUGAUGGCUAUAAAAUCUUUUAUGAAACCUGUUACAAUAUACACGACUAUUAGAGCUCAGAAUUCUAACUUUUUUUCUUCACAAUCAUAACGGAAAAGAUCAAAUAGAUGGGAUGUAGUGGGGGAGCAUUGAGAUUGCCCCAGUCAAGGGCUAAGUUUACGCCGGUCAAGAUAUAAGCUUCCAUUCUCAUCCUAGAGAGAGAGAGAGAGGAUCGGAGGAUGAACUUCCUUAUGUUUUUGGUCCCAUGCGGGACCACGGAAUCCCAAGGGCGUGGGCGUAUUUUGAGAUCAUUCCCAGGAUUUGGGGUUCAGUCUCGCGGAAUUCAUUAUAUGGAGGAGCGACCAGAAAGAUUGAUGCACGAGUCUGAGAGAGAGAAGGAGACAUGUGCCGCCGGCGUGGAGUCUCUGUCUUCCUCUUAAUAGUCGCCAUUGUUGUUUCACCAGCUCUUUCUCUCUCAUCACACUCCCCGACUUGCAAAGCAUGGAUUGUACAGUCCAUCCCUACCGAUAUGCCCCACCUCCCACCAGUACCCGGCGUUCUUUCAACAGAGGAGGUGUUGCGAUGGCUUGCUGGUAAUUCGACGAGCAAACUGCAGAUAAUAGCACAGUAUUGGCAGCUACUUGCGCAACCCAAUGACCCUCGCUCUGGUGACUAUGGCUUCUCCCUCUCUGAUUUGAGAAGAUUUGGGGCUUCAUCAGGUCUCUCUGUAUACAAAGCCAUUGAAGCUGCAGCUGAUCGAAAUGUUAAUGUCAAGAUUGUUCAGCACUCUGGUGUAUAUCCAGAUUAUGAGCAAGAAUCAGCCCAUCUUGCUUCAGGGAGACCCAAUGUAGAGAAUGUAACCUUAUUGCUCGGCGAUUGGUGGGGUUCUGGUAUAGUCCAUGCAAAAGUUUGGAUAUCUGAUAACAAAGAUGUCUAUAUUGGAUCUGCAAACAAUGACUGGAAGUCCCUUACUCAGGUUAAAGAGGUUGGAAUAUAUCUUGUGGAUUGCCCUAAUGUAGCUUCAAAGGUGGAUACAUACGUCAACAACUUGUUGAAACUUGCUUCUCUGAAUUCUUCACUAUACACUAGAACAGUUUGGGAUAGUGAGUGGCAAUCUCGUAGAAAAGUUCCUUGCUGGUCUCAUUUCGUUGCUCUGAAGGAGAGAUGCAGGUCCCCUCUUCCUACAUAUAUUGAGACUCCUAAUGUGAUGGGUUACCCUGUAAUAUCAGACCCUUUUAUGUUCAAAAUACGUAUUGAUACACCAGGGCACAAUAAAAGCACAUCAAAGGAGAGCCUCAGCUAUCUUUCUUUUUCUCCUCCCGAGCUCUCAUUUGGCAAGUUUCAGACAGAUGAACAAGCAUGGAUAGAUACAAUCAAGUCCGUUAAUUUUGGAGGAACCGUUAGGAUGAAUACCAUGGAUUGGCUCAGCCAGUCUCAAUAUGUAGAUCAAACUAUCUAUUGGUCUUCACUCUCAUCUGCAAUAUCAGAGGUGGUUUUCUCCAAGCAAGCAACCGUGAAGAUUCUAGUGGCAUAUUGGGGACACUUCAUAGAAAACACAGAUCAAUAUCUCAAGUCCCUCCUUUAUUCCAACAUACUCUGUUCAUCUUCGAAAUAUAACAAAUGUGGUGGCAAGGUUGAGAUCAAAUAUUACAAGGUACCUGGUUUCAAUUCGACUGGACCAGCCAUUAGAGAGGGCAAUAGAACAGGGAAUAUUUACCCUGGUUAUACCAGGGUUAACCAUGGCAAAUAUGCAGUGAGUGAUGUGCGGGCCCAUAUUGGAACAAACAACCUUGUAUGGGAUUACUUUUAUACGACAGCCGGUGUGAGCUUUGGGACAUAUAAUGAAGCCAUUGUUUCACAACUGCAAGAAAUCUUUGAUGCAGAUUGGGAUUCUCCUUACGCUGUCUCAGUUGAGCCAUUGCAGGGAGCUUGAUGGUCACCAACCUCAAGGAAAUUGUAUGCUCUUCAAGAGAUUUUGAUUGUUUUUUUGGAGUAUGAAUCAUUGCACAUUUAAACACGUAGCUUUGUGGGCAGCUGGUUUCAUGGAUCCAAAGCCUCUCUCUCUCUCUCUCUGCUUGUGUAUGCGCACAUGCACAUACACACCCUUCUAAGGAAUGUUUGCAGUAGAAACCAGUUGUACAAUCCUUAAAUUCUAAACAUGGGAAACUUCUUUAUCAGAAUAAGAUGUCAGCAACAAUGAUAAUAACUAGUAACUACAUGCAUCAGACCUGAAUGAUGUAUGCUAUCAUCAACUUUAAAU